UCCGAUAUUGCAUGUGCGCAGUUUGCUGCUAGUCGAGGUCUUCGUUUGGCUGUUCUCGUUGUCGGAUACGCCUGUUAUAAUCGUUAUUUGAACGAAAAAUUAGUGCAACAUUUUGCACUGAUAUUGAUCGUUUUAUUUGGCUCAUGACAACGUAAACUCGAUCGAAGAUUUUAUCGUAAUAAUUUACGAAGACAAGGAGAGAAUAAAAGAGACAGAAAAAUGACUAUCAUCACGAAAGCAAUUGGUGAGAAGAAGGCGUCGGGGAAAAUGGUGCAGCCAUUGUUUCCAGAAGAACCUAUUACGGUUCCUUUAAAAACUGAUCCUGAGGCACAACUCAAUAAAGAAGAUAUGGUUAAACAUUACUGGAUUGCACGUAGAAGCAUACAUAGAAUUCAAAUGACUGCUACGUUCUCCUUGUUCAUUGUUGCAUUGAUGAUAUUAAUAAUUGGUGUAAUAGGCGGUCUUUAUGUAUACAUACAAUAUGCCAGAGCACAAAUACAUAGAUUCCGUACUGGAUGGUAUAGCAUUCCAUAUGAUAAAAUGCCAUAUAAUAGUGAGAAAAUACAUCAAGCAAUCAUAGCUGAUUCAAGCAUAUUCAAGAGUCUUACUAAAACUUCCGAACAAAUAUCAAUAAAUGUUAACAAAAAUGCAGACAAUAAUAUUAAGGGUUUCCUUAAAGAACGAUUUGAAAUUGAUCUUGAAAAUGAACAUUAUGAAAAGAUUGAUGUGCCAGAUUUUCAUGGCGGUCGUCAAGGACGUUUUAUACACGAUUUUAACAUUAAUAAAACUGGAAUUAUAGAUAUUGAUGGUCGAUGCUGUUUCGUUAUGUCAUUGAAUCGUCAAGUAAUUUUACCACCACACAGUCUGUAUGAUCUACUUAGAAAAAUGUUUAAUGGUUAUUAUGAAGUGGAUACAAAUAUUAUACGUGAAACUAUGGAAGUUGUUACUCCAGCUAUUACUGAUAUGUCCACUGUGGGAACAUACAUUGCUCGUGAAUGCCAAAAUUUGCCAACAUAUAUGUUGAAAGGUGUAAAUCCUACUGUUGUUAAAAGGAGUGCAUCAAGCGGUAUUUUUGCACAAUAUGCUGGCAAAGAUAUUGUAGAAGUUGAUAUUUUGAACCUGAACGAAUUCCAUAAGUAAACA